UAGUCACCAGCAUAAGGUCGGGGAACAGAUGCGGAGUGGAAGAAGGUAAAAGAACACCCGGGAAGAUACAACAUAAUAUACCAUGAUGACGUCACUCCACCUACCUCGGUUGUCACCCAUCGUGUUGCUAAUGGCUACCGUGGUUACGACAGUACUUGCUUUUGACUUGUCAUGUAAUUUACCUCAAAUACCAAGAGAUCUUAUAUUCCAUAUCACCUUCCGAACGAGGAAUAUAACACGUAACCAGCCGGGAGACACAGGCAGAGAUUACCAACUCGAAGCUUUCGUUGACUGGUCUCAUUUCAACUCAUCAAGAUCGGGAUAUGCAGUUCGAUUCGUGAAAAACAGCGUGCGAGACGAGAUAGUGUUUCGGUGUGUCAGGCACCUUAGUGGUUACAAUUACACGUCAACACAGUCGUUCACAUUCCGGAAUCUCAGUUACGGUUUCCAACAUCAAUUCCGGAUUCGGGCAGCUAACAUGACCACCUUUGACACGGCCCCGAUGGUCAGGAGGGAGGAUAGAGAUGCUCCAGACUGCUUUGAAGAAACCGGAGAUGAAGAAUAUUGUAUCAACCAACCCAUCGAGUUUACCAGCAAGCCACGUGACCUGACAAUCGAUUGCUCAGAGGUGGAUUACGAUCACAAUACCUCGAUGGUAUCCCUGAGCUGGUUGCCUCCCCUACAGAUCAACGGGAAUCUCUCAUUCUUCAUGGUGACCUAUCAGCCCAUCAACGAUACCAGUAUCGUUCAAUCGCUCGAGAGGGUGUUCAUUAACGAAAAAGAAUGGAACGAGAGUCUCUCUUUUCGCUUCAAUUAUACCUUAACGGAUCUUGUUUAUGGAAUGGUCUAUGAAAUCUCGGUAGUCCCUUGGCUGGAUGGGCCAAUGGCAUCGCCGUCACCAUAUCAUACCACCAUUAUAUUUGACACGGCUUCAUCUGAGCAACCCUGUAGUGUUCCAUCGUCUCUUGGGCCAUCGCUGACCGGGGCACCUUCCAUCAAACCCAACAAGAUCAGGGUGGAUCCCAUUCUCUUGGCCGGGGUUCUAGGCGCCACGGUCCUUCUAAUCCUGAUCGUUGGUUCCUUCACCUACUUCAACAAACGACGCCUGUCGGCCAAUGAGAAGGCUGUGUUUGUAAGAUACCCGGAUGAAAUCAGCACCACCUACUCGUGCUCCAUCAAGAAAGAUACAUACAAUGUUUCUCAGGGACUUGACCCGGAGGUAGAUCCCGUCUUUCAAAAGAUGGAGUUCGACCGAUCGCUGCUGAAGAUCGAGGAGAUCCUUGGCAGUGGCCAGUUUGGCACGGUCUACAAAGGAUUCGCGUACGGCAUCGACGGAAAGGAGAAGUACAUACCAGUUGCUGUCAAGAGUCUGAGAGAGAACGCGACGAGGUCGAUGAAAGAAGAUUUCCUCGAGGAGAUCAAGCUCAUCGUCGAGAUCGGCCACCACCCCAACAUCCUCCCCAUCUUGGGAUGUUGUACCGCAGAUGAACCCCACUACCUCAUUACCGAACUCAUGGACUAUGGCGAUCUCCUUCACUUUCUUUGGAAAUGCAGAGAGGAGAAAAAUGCUGCCAAUGAUCCUAUUUACAAGAUGACACCGACGGGGCAGCUUCAGAUUGCAAUCCAGAUUGCGAGAGGAAUGGAGUACCUCUCAACAACGCUGUAUUACCAUGGUGAUUUGGCUGCGAGAAAUGUUCUGGUUGGUAAGGGACUUAUCUGCAAGAUCUCUGAUUUCGGGCUAGCAGACGACAUUUACCAGAGAGGUUAUAAGAGGUUGGCGCCAGAGAGGAAGCGACCGGUUAAGUGGGUUAGUUUAGAGACCAAUACGCAAGGAAAAUGCAGUAUACAAAGCGAUGUGUGGUCAUUUGGCAUCGUCCUGUAUGAGAUUUACACCCUUGGUGGUGUCCCGUACCCUGGGAUGGACGGGCGCUAUGUCAUAUCAAAGCUCCAGCAAGGCUACAGAAUGGAAAGACCCACCAUGUGCCCAGAAGAAAUCUACGAGAUAAUGAGACGGUGCUGGCAAGAGAAUCCCCACCAUCGACCCUCAUUCACAGUCAUGAACAACGCGUUAGACGCGAUGCUGACGCAGAACGUAGACUACCUGACGGAGCUGGAGAUGGACUUCACACACUAUGAAUUCGUGCCUUGUCAGGAGGUGGAUACCUGCUCCACGACAUGGGGAGAGAAUGAAACGACUGGGAAAGGAGACCACGGGAUCAUCUCGCCGCCUCAGCUGGGGAAAGAUAGCAAGUUUGAUAAUGCAGGUUUUUCUACGUCAUACUAACAAGGCCUAACACUAAUCAUGCUUUCAUCUAAAGGCCCAGACGUACUCAUCGGAACAGCAAAUCAGUCAGGAUUCUGCCUUUUCCGAGAGUAGCGCCCUCUCCGGCGAACUCAACGAAAUCGGUCUAUGGUGGCACUGGACAGCUGGAUUCCACGAAAAGACGUCCUUAAGUGCACCCUUCCCGUCCAUGGAGUUUAUUCCUAUCAGGGAGUAUGAUACUGAUUCGGUUCAUAGUACAGACAGUGGAAGAUCAGUGGACAGUAUGAGGACUACAAGCUUGUGUUGAUGAAAAAAAAAACCUAGUCUUUAUACUUGUAGAACGUACUACUGUGGCGAUUUCCGAUUCAUUUUCAAGAAAGGAUUAGCGACAGCGGACGCUUUGGUAUGACAAGCGCCGGUUUUGCAAUCACAUGCAUCUUCUUGGACCAGGGAAUUGUUGGUGACCCGCUUGGACCAAGCCACGACUAAGCAUUUGUGCUUUCUGCCAGUUUUACAAGGUGUAAUAUUUUAUUGUGCAAUGAUCAGUCUGGUUGCAGCUUGAAACAGUCAUGUUCUAGAAAUGCUGCAAGUUGCUUGAUGCCCAACCAUCUCAUAGCUAUGGCUUUUAGAUGAACGAAAUGGAAACUUGUUCCUUCAUUUCCUUUGAUUAGUUUUAAACCUAACGGACUUGGUUGUGAAGUUUUAUUUUUAUAUUUCCUUCGACGUACAAUGGUGUGCGUAUAUGUGUGUGUGGGAGGGUGUGUGUGUGUGUGUGGUUAGUUUACAUUCAUGAUGUGUGACUAGAGAUGAUUUGUUAUUAUAUGCGAGUAUACCCCCAUCCAACGCUGUAAAAAAUAUUGGGUAAAAUUUUUACCACCACGAGGGUGAUUAUGUGUCCAACCAAUUUGGGGCAGUAUUUUACCCAAUGCGGGAAGCAUAUUGCCCAGCCUGCCAGUAAGGUUAUAAAAAAGCAGCAAUUACUUUAGAAUGUGCAAAAUGUUCAUCACACUGGAUAAAUAAAAAUGCCCAAAUGAAAUGUCCAAUGUUGGCUGGACAUACAAUCACCCUCAUGAUGGAGCACUUUUACCCAAUAUUUUUAGAGUAGCCCCCUCUAGCUGCCCUCACCUCUCUCUCUCUCUCUCUCUCUCUCUCCCUCUCCCUCUAUCUUGCUCUCGCUCUCUCCCACUAUGGUGAAGUAAAAGACAUUUCAACUUGGCAAUGGUGAGUGGUAUUACUCAUCAACUUGUAUUCAGCAUAUUUAGCCCACACUUGUAGAAUGCACCCUAAUCAUCAUUCGUCUUUGUAUACAAAUUGAAUCACUCAGGUGACAAUAGGGAGUUUCAUUUUCACGUCGUACGUCGGAUUCAAGAACAUUGAAAAUCUAUUGUCAAAUGACCUUCGUGACAAUGAACAAACAAGAAGUCUUUGUCGAAAAUUGGUGAAUCAAAACAGCAGUUUCGUCCUGGAUUCUGGACAAACGAUAUGAUUUGCUUUUUUUUCGUCUGCUCCGAAAGGUAGGACGAAACUGCGAUUCAGGUUAACCAAUAUUUUCGACAGAGUCCUUCCGGUUCUUCAUUGUCAUUUUAAUGGGCAUUUUCAAUACAUUUACUGCGUUCUUGAUCCUUCAUGCGUAAACUCCACAUUAUACGAUUAAGGCCAUGUGCUGGCUCUUUGUGAUUUUCUUCUUGUAAAUCAAAAUUGACAAAAUUAUUAUAUUCUGUACUCAUCUCAGUAUUUUCUAUAUUUUUAAAGAAAUUAUUUUGUUCUCUAUUACUUAUUAAAAUUGUGCAUGACACUCCCGACUAUGACAUAUUUGAUUUUAUGGGAAAUUGUGCAUAAUUAUAUUGUGCUGGUUGCAAAUACGUCUUAAUUAUCGUAUACCAAUAUUUUAUUUCGUUACUCAUAAAUGUCUUUGAUAUAAUGUAAUCCCUUAUCCCAAUGAAAAAUAAAAUUACUGGUAAAACAAAUUUUCGUUCAUGUUGAUGCAAUGUUAGAGUGGUAUUUAUGAAUAUUGAUUCAGUAGGUGAUAGUAAUAUAGAUUUUCUGUUCGGCAGAACAGCUUUUUGCUCGUAAACGCCAAGUUGGUAUAUAACCAAUUACCUACAGGAAACAUCUUGCGUAUAGGUUAAUCAGUCAUAGUGGUUGACCUUAUAAACGACAUAUUUACUCUCUGGUCUUUUUAUCAAAGUGGAGACAAUGGCAGAGGUGGGAUUCGAACUCGCAACCUUCCGAUUACGAGUCCAAUGCUCUAUCCACUAGACCACACGACUCGACUUGUUUUGUAAUCGACUACAUUGGUCAAAAUUUGAUGAAUCGAAUCAGCGUAUUGUCGCCAGUUGCGCAUAUUAGCUAAACUUUUGAGGGGCCUACACCAAACUACACUUUGUGAUUUUGGCAUAUUUGGAAAAUAAUAUCAUAUGUCACCCUUUUCCUUUCCUUUGUUCUCUUUUUGUUUAUUCUGUUGAAAAUUGUUGGGUCCAUCGCCUCAAGCCCCCCCCCCCCACCUGUACGCCAGUGACCUUGAUAACUUUGACAACCAACAUGACCAAGACUUUCUGACAGGGUGUGCUAUAGGGGACAGUGGUGCAUCCCUCUACCACCCCCCCCCUCGCCCCGUCCCCAUCCCCUCCUCCCUGUCAUGCAAUUACAGAAUGAUGUACUCACUGAAAUACAGACCAUGACAAUUAUGCAAUCAUUUUUUUCUCUACAAAGAUCGAUUCAAAUACUUGGCUUUCAGCAAGAACAUUUUACGUUAUGACCGAAGUAAGAACUCUUUACGACCGAGGUACCCCCCCCCCUCCCCCGCCCCUUCCUGCUUUUCUACGCCAUAAUUUUGUUGUGUUUUUCAAUCUGGAAUAAACAUUAAAGUGAAAGAUCGGAUAUUUCAAGUAGGUGUAGAUACAGUGCAUUCUAUUUAUUUGUGGUGUGUGACCAAAUUUAUUUUUAAUCACAUGUAUGUAUAAGCUACAGUGCUCUAUGCUGCUCAAAUUAUUCAAGGUUUUUUUUUUUUUUUUUUUUUAAUGUCACCAUCAGUAGGGUAUUUGGAAAAAAAUAUGAGGGGCCGAACAUGGCGCAAAAAUCGCAUGCGAGGUUUUUUUUUCUUAUAAUUUAAACCUGAUUUUGAGAUAGAUUUUUAAAUACUCGCUUGCAUUUACCCGGCUUUUCGCGAUAAGUCUUUUUUUAGUCAGUACAGGGUUUGAUAUACAUGUAAACACCAUAACAGACACAGGGACUUGUCUAAGUUAAGGCGGACGUGUACCUUAUUAAAAAAAAACCGCUGGGACCGUCUUUUUUCUUCUCACUUACGAUAAGGACUAAUUAAAAUCAACCUAAAUUUUCACCGCAUCGGUGGCGCGAUCGGUAAAUAAAUGCGCUAUUGAGAGUUAAAUUCAGUCAAGAUCGUUGACGCGGGUUUGAAACUCGCCUUGAACAAUAAAAAAGACUGAGAAAAUAUAAGUCCAAGAUUUUGAGUCUGAUUCAAAGCCUCAAAAACAGAAUGAGUCCUUAUCGUAAAUGGGGGGGGGGGGGGGUGUGGGAUAAGCGUCCCGGGCCAGGCGGACACAUUAUGAUUACCCUGUCUUCAUCUGGAUAUUAUUCGACCGGGCAGCUAGGAUAGCAGACUCUAUUGGCCGACAACUACCCGAAUAAAUUCAUCGGACGGACAAUUACUACUGUAAAACCACGAGCAAGACUACUGCACAUGCGCAGGUCGGACCGUUUUUUUUUUUCACUAUGACAUGCUAAUACUAAUUACCAUGACUUAUGAUUCAGAUUCAGUUCUCUCAUUUUGUUUACAAAAUUAAUUACUUCAACUCAGACGGCCUUUCGUGUUUUCCUUUCCUUUCAUUUUUUUAUUUUCAUUUAAGUACUUAAAUAAGGUAAGGAAUUUGAUGUUAUUUAUGAUUUCAUGAUCGUGAUAGUUUUUUUAAUAUAAAAUAAAGCAGAAAUUUCUCACAUUUUGCUUCAGAGUAAAAGUAAUGGCAUUUUUUUCUGUAUCAUUUGUUAAAGUGUAAAUACAUAUGUACUGAUUUUCUACGAGAAAUAUUUGCAAUGUUUUGUAUUGAAUGUAUGAAUUCAUUUAUGUUUGUCACCUGCACAAAAUUACUUUUUUGUGUUACUUAUGCAAGUAACCCUUUUAAAAAUAUAAUUUUAAUUCAUUAAAAUCAUGUGUUGUGAUAUCGGAAGAUGCAUUUAAAAUUUAAGAAAAAUCCCUUGCGAUCUGUUUUCCGGGGAGGAGCUAUUAUGCUACUUUAUUUAAAAAAAAUACUACGUAAAGUCUAAUUACAUUAACGUCACAAUAUAUAGUGAGUAAGAUUAAUAUGUAAAUUGUAUUGUAUAUACAUCUGUAUUUUUUUAUUUAUUGACUACAUCGGACGGAAAUCAGGUGCAAUAUAGUAUGUAAAUAAAAAAAAUCUUUUGAUUGUA